CGCUCGGUCGCGCUCUCCCAGAGCAUUUCGCAGAAAGGACGACGAUGGACGCGCGUGGCAAGAAGGGCAAGAAGGAGGCCAAGCAGCAAGGCGGCGGCAAGGGUGGCAAGGGCGGCUCGUCCAAGGGCGAGAAGUUCAACAAGCGCCGGGGCGCGCCGCCGGACGAAGCGCAGGGCGAGGAAGAGUCGGACCUUGCGUUCGCCCGCCGGUCGUUCCCGGUCACGCUGCGCAUGUGGGACUUCAACCAGUGCGACGCCAAGCGCUGCACGGGCCGGAAGCUCUGCCGCCUCGGUUACGUCAAGAGCAUGAAGCCGGGCGCGCACUUUCGCGGUAUCGUGCUCUCGCCGCACGGUGAGAAGGUCGUGUCCCGCGAAGACCUCUCGAUCGUCACCUCGAUUGGUAUCUCGGUCAUUGACUGCUCGUGGGCGCGCGUCCAGGAGAUGCCCAUCAAGCAGAUCAAGUCGGGCAGCCACCGCUUGCUGCCGAUGCUUGUCGCGGCCAAUACCGUUAACUACGGCAAGCCCUUCAAGCUCACGUGCGUCGAGGCCAUUGCCGCGACGCUCUACAUCGUGGGCAUGCAGGACGAAGCGAUCCAGCUCAUGGACGAGUUUCCUUGGGGCAUGGAGUUCCUCAAGCUCAACGCGGAGGCGCUCGACGCCUAUGCGGCGUGCGAGACGAGCGAGGAAGUCCAGGUUGCGCAGGAAACGUACUUGACCAACUGCCAAGCCGAAGAAGCGGUGCGCAAGACCCGCGUCAUGAUGCCUGGUGACGACAACGACGAGGAGGAGGACGAGUACGACAGCGAAGACGAAGAAGAGCGCCAGCGCGAACUCCUUUUUGGCAAGAAGACGCCGGUCGUUGCCGCCACGGAUCUCAUCGACGACGAUGACGACGACGACAGCCAAGAUGAAGAAGAGCGCCAGCGGGAGCUGCUCUUUGGCAAGAAGGCACCGGUGCUGCCGCGUCUCAGCAGCGACGAAGGCGAGUCGGCGAGCGACGACGAAGACGCCGAAGAGCGCGAGCGGGCACUGCUCUUUGGCCACAAGAGCCAGUACUCGACGUCGACGACCGCCGACACGGACGACGACCAGUUUGUCCAGAUGACGUCCGCACUGAACCUUGCGUCGGCGGCGACCUCGAUCGACAAGACGCGAGCCGCCCGCCUCGCCCACAAGUAGGCGGCGAAGGCGCAGACGGCGCUCGAUGGCAGUGACGACGAGUUCCCAACCGAUGCGAUGGCCAACGUUCCUGUCGCGGCGGCGACAGUUGGUCGCGAGCAGGAUCUCCGUGCCAUUUCCGGGGGUGCGUCGUUGCACUUGUCGCGCGACGCUGUUGCGCAGUGGCAGCGCGACGUCCAGCCCGCCGACCGCGCGUAGAGUAAUACACGCUUGAGAUACGACUGGUCGCUUCUCGCAUCGCAGACAAAAAAUAAGAAAUAAGGAUCAAGGAAUAAGAUGGGGCAAGGCGGUG